AUGAAUCCUGCAGCGCAAGAGUUCGUCCCGCGGAAAAAGCGGACGGCGGACCCUUCGGCCGUUCAUCCGGCCAACCGAGGGCCCCUGCCGCCACCACCGCCGCCGCCACCGCCGCCACAACAACAGCAACAACCACCGCUGCAGCAGCAGCAAACGAAGCUACGUGCGUCGGCUCCUGCGUUUGUUCCCAAGGCUUCGACCGUUUCAGCGGCCCCACCACCGCCACCCCCGCUGCUAACCCAGCCCACCGCGGUGGCAGCAUCGUCAGUGCCUGCACCGCCGCAGGCAGCACUACACGUGGACCCUGGUGCGUUUGGGGGUAGUGAUUCGCAGCCGUCGCCUGGCUCGAAAACUCUCUCGCUGAAUGCAGUGCCAUACACACCAACGAAUCCAAAAAUUGCGGCAAAGUUUCCCUCGACGCCUCAGGUUCAGCGGAACGCCUCGACCCCAGAUGCGCAGAGUGCGGCGCAACAACAACAACAACCACCCCCACCGCAGCAGCAGCAGCAAGAGCAUUCAGAAGAGUCACACAAAUCCCAACCACUUGGUCUUGCCAAUCGAGCCGAUUCGGUACCUCUCGAAGGAUCUGUUGGCUCCGCCUCCGCUGCAGAUGACAGCGGCAACAGUGUGCUGCAGUCGAUCGGUGCGCUAGGUGCUGUGGUGGAGAAUGACUUUAGCGGUUCAACCCUUCCCAGCGUGUUUGGGGUGAGCGUCCUUGCCAAGCCCCCGCCUUCCGAACCGAUACGAUUCAACACGGUGUGGGCACUCCACGCCGAUGAUCACCCGACCACGUUUGGGGCUCCACUAGCUUAUGACCCCGUGCUGGUCCACCUGGUCGGGGACGUCGAGUGCUUUUGGCGGCUCUGGCGCUACCUGCCUCCCCCGUCUGCGUUGGCGCCAGCCUUCACAUAUCACUGGUUCCGCCGCGACAUCAAGCCAAACUGGGAGCACGCACGCAACAAAAACGGUGGUACUAUCACCAUUGUUAUAUUUGACCGUGACAAGCCUGGACUAAACAGCAAGCAGACGAUGGAUGAUGCGUUCAUGACGAUGCUUAUGGCAUGCUGUGGGGAGACUCUCGCAGAGAGCACAACAAACCUUAACGGCAUCAUGCUUAAGGUGCGGCAGAACAAGCCAACGACGGUGCAGAUAUGGACGGCGAACUCCGACCAGCGGAAGCUCAAGGCGCUAGCCGGGAGCCUGCGCAACCUGCUAGAAAAGGUCAUCGGUCCGAAGCCGCUACAGAAGAUGGAGUACUUCUCCCAUCAACAGACGCAGGUCGGUGGACCUGGUAGCUUGGCGGGGAGGAUGAAGGGGAAACCGACAAGAAUAACCCCCGACUUCACACUAUAA